UGACCGACUGAACGAAAACAAAUGAAGUGACAGCAAACUGUGAGGUUAAGAGCACAGGGGUUGGGAAGUUGGGAUCGUUCAAAGAUGUGGGGUGUUUUUUCUUUUUGGGAAGCUGUUCCAAAUUUAACAUGAAAUUCAAAAUUAGAUCAAAGUUGUUCACAGCUGAAAGUAAUACCGGCACACUCUGUGUUAAACACGGCAAGUGAAAAAAGAAAAUUGUGAUGUAGUUAGGUGAUAAAUGUAUACUUUCCGUUUAUAUCUGAAAAGAAAGGGCGUUUUUAUAAUAUUUGCAGUACAAUUAUGUAUUAUACUAGCAUAUUUAUUUGUGCAAUUCCAAUCGGGAUAUCAAGAAUCAAACAAAAUUACAUUUGUAAGAAAUUACGAUUCAACUGAAAGAGUUACACAGACUUAUCACACAAGCAAUUUUGUACUGAAGCUAGUCAACACCAGAGAAAAUUAUGUGAAUUUCAACUCGAGCUUGUGCUUCAGAUAUGGAACAGAUUUGGUGUCCAUGACAAUGUCAAAGGGUAACAAUUGGAGCUGUAAGUGCUUGCAAGGCUGGCAUGGAAAUGAUUGUGGACAACCUGAAGUACUCUGGAGAGCUUUACUAGCUCAUCAUAAACCAAAUAAAAUAAAAGGACCAAGAACAUUUGAGAGAAGACUGAUAUAUCUGUUCAAAGUGAAUGAGUUUACAGAACAUCUAGCUGACAUUAGAGUCAACGAAUUAGGUAGUGUUGUCGACUUAUUCAUCCUCUAUGAAGACGAAAAUACAAACUACCUCCGACACAAACUGAAUAACAACUUCUGUAAGGAGCACCACAACAAAAUCCUAUAUGCGCAAGAAACAAAAGACAAUCUAUGGGAGAGAUGUAUCCCGCUUCUGAAAAAUCUCAGAGACGACGAUAUAAUUCUAGCGAAUGACAACAAUGAGAUUCCUAAUAAAGAUGCUUUGAUUUUCCUCAAGUACUAUGAUCGAUGGCCUGAACCAAUCAGAUUCCGGAUGAGAUGGUCAGUUUUCGGAUUUUUUUGGAUGCAUCCCAGCAAAACUAUAACCAGUGGUGGUGCGUGCACUGUAUCCUUCCUCAAAGACUCCUUUAAUAAUCAAUUCAAACUUUUGAGUGAUAACAAGACUCUUUCUAGUCCUUUAUACAAAGGCCUAACUCUAGGUGAUUUGAACCACUAUGGCGGUUGGUUUUGUGAAUAUUGUACCGACGCGGCGCAUGUUGUUAAUUUUUUAGCGAAUAAACCUAAAAAUAUAAAUUGGAAUAAGAUUAACUAUAAGAAAAUCGAUCAAAAUUAUAUAGAGGAAUUAAUAGAGAAUGGUGUUUAUAUUGAUGGUGUAACACAGUUAGAAAAAGCACACAAGUAUCAUGAUAAGUACUUUGCACCACCUUUUGUUCGAGAUCAUGACUGGAAGUAUGAUUUUCUUUUAAUUAAUUUCUAUUCAAAAAUGGAUUAUUAUGAAGGUUGAUUUGAAGUAUAUCAAGGAGUCCUCCUUCAACUCAAAGGAGGUACAAAACAGUUCCCAUUCCUCAUACAAGGCUUAUUGGCAAGUCUAUACAUACAUAUAUGUACAAUCCUACAAUACAUACACAUAUGAAACAAGAUUAACGUUUUUAGUACCAUGUGUUUAUUUAAGAAAGUCUCUGUUUAAUUUUUUUCUCACUUGUUUUUAGCCCUGCACCACUCCUAGAUAAUUUUAUAAAGCCUUUUUCAGCCACAUUUCAAUUGACCUACUGAAGAUAUGGGUAUUGUGAGUUAUUUCUAUGUAUGCUUGCAUUCAGCAUAAAAUUGUGAUAUUUUUAUUUGAUUCUUUAUGAUACAAGAUUUUAUCUUCAUCCUCCGAGAAACAGUUAUUUAUAUUAUGACGGCAGGGUAUUUAUAUUAUCCAUUUAUCAUACUGCAGUUAUUACUAUGUAUACAUUAUUUCAUAUCACAGUAUAUGAAUCAAUCUUAUUUAUAU